CAAUUAUUAAAGAUUUUCACAGCAUUAAAAAUUGAAAAGAUGAAGAGUCUAUCAUGGGCAGGAAAGAUGACGGAUAUUUUCAAAUCAUUUUCUUUCACCACCUACGUCCGCCGCCACCUCCGCCAUCUCCACCGCCACAAACUUUUUCUUCUUAUAUUAAACUCCUCCAUGGUAUCUCUCUCGUAACUCGUAAGAAUCGCAAACAAUGCCUCCAUUACUUAUGAAAACGCCGUUUGGAUCAAAAUCUAUGUAUGCUUUCCUCAUCCUUCUGUUCACGCUAGUCUUCUUCGCUACUCUCCGCCAUGAGCAAAACCUCCGCUCCUCUCCCGCCAAGCGAAGUAUCCUUUUCUACGAAGAUAUUUUCCUUUCCUCCGCCUCCAACAACUCCAUCGCCGCCUACCUCCGCGAACUAACCCUCCGACCGCACCUCGCCGGCACGACGUCGUCUCUCGCAACGGCGCUUUACGUGAAGGCUCAGUUCGAGUCCGAAAACCUCGCGACUCACUUAACUAACUACACCGUUCUAUUGUCCUUCCCCGUGUCCUCUUCCUUGACCGCGCUUUUCGCUAACGGCUCCGUUAUUUCCGUCUCGUUGUCCGAGCGCGGGGUCCCGGGAAACGGCGUCGUAAUGCCGUACCACGCUUACUCCCCCUCCGGCUCCGCGUACGGCAAGGCCGCGUUUCUGAACCACGGGAGGGAGGAGGACUACCGUGCGCUGGCGGCGCAGGGGGUGGAGGUCGAGGGAUGCGUAGGGGUUGUAAGGAGAGGCGGCGGGAUGUCGAGGUACGAGGUGGUCGAGAGGGCGGCGGUGCAUGGAGUGGCGGCGGUGCUAAUGUACACCGAUGAUGGUGACAGGGAGGAGUUUACGUUCACUGAAGGGGUGGAGAGAGGGACGGUUAUGGGGGGUAGCCUAGGGGACCCACUGAGCCCCGGAUGGGCCGGGCUCGAGACCGGGGAGAGACUCCAAUUAGACAACCCGAGAGUGGGAGAGAAAUUCCCCAAACUUCCAUCGAUUCCGAUUUCCAUAGACGCCGCCAAGACGAUAUUGAGGUCCUUGAAAGGGGCUGAAGUACCUCAAGAAUGGCAAAACGAUCUAAAGAGUAGUAGCAUUGAUAUUGGAAGAGUUGGACCUGGCCCCACAAUGCUGAAAUUUUCAUACGAGGGGGAGAAAAAGAUGUCUACAAUACAUAAUGUUUUUGCUGUCAUAAGAGGAUCAGAAGAGCCUGAUCGCUUUGUACUUCUUGGGAACCAUAGAGAUGCAUGGACUUAUGGAGCAGUUGACCCUAAUAGUGGCACAGCUGCCCUACUUGAAAUUGCACGUCAAUAUGCUCUGCUCAUGCGAAUGGGUUGGAAACCUCGACGAACAAUCAUUCUUUGCAGUUGGGAUGCUGAAGAGUUUGGGAUGAUUGGAUCCACUGAAUGGGUUGAACAGAACCUUCUCAAUCUGGCCUCUAAAUCUGUAGCCUACAUAAAUGUUGAUUGUGCCGUUCAAGGACCUGGAUUUUUUGCCAGUGCAACUCCUCAACUUGAUGACCUUCUUCUUGAAAUUGCUAAGAAGGUUAAAGAUCCUGAUACGGAGAUGAUGACAAUAUUUGAGAAAGAGACAGUUACCAACCAAGUCAUGAAUAAAACUCCCUCUGUAACUGCAAUAUUCUUGGCUGCAUUGCAGAUCCAGAGACUUAGCCAAGUAGAUUCAGAUUUUGCUCCAUUUUUGCAACAUGCUGGAAUUCCUUCCAUUGAUAUGUACUAUGGCAAAGAUUUCCCAGUAUACCACACAGCCUUUGACUCAUACGAUUGGAUGGUGAACUCUGGAGAUCCAUUGUUUCAUCGGCAUGUGGCAGUAACAGGAGUUUGGGGACUUAUUGGUCUUCACCUUGCUGAUGAUGCAAUUCUACGUUUUAACUACGUCUCUUAUGCAAGACAGUUGCUGGGGUAUACACAUAUCUUGACUGAAAAAUUGGGAGGGAGCUUUUCAUUGCAUCCAAUAACGGAUGCCAUUCAGGAAUUUAUGGCUGCAGCUACAGAAAUUGAGGAAGAAGUGAAGGUUCUAGAGAAGAUGCUUUCUUGUAAACUGAGCGAGGAUGAAACCAUGGAUGACCUUUUUAUUCUGAAGAGGCGGAUGUUAAAUGAUCGAUUGAUAUUUGCCGAAAGGGGUUUCUUAGAUGGAGAAGGGCUUCCAGGAAAGCAAUGGUUCAAGCAUCUUGUUUAUGGGCCUUGUACUAACCAUGAAAACAAUCUAGAUUUCUUCCCUGGAAUUGUCGAUGCCAUAGCUGGAUCCACUGGCAUGAAUAACAUAGACAGGGAAGGCGUGAUUCGACAUGAGAUCUGGCGAGUUGGGAGGGCUAUUCAACGAGCUGCCUAUGCUCUCAAAGGCCAACUAACCUGAAGUUACAAGCAUUAAACAAAUAUUCAGUUGGUGCCCUCAGUUCACUGUUAAUUCUGUCUCUUCAACAACACGUCUUACCUGUAAAAUGUUGAAUUGGCAGAUGGCCAAUCUCCUAUUUGGCUAUCAUUCGACCGAAUUUUGUCCUGUCUGGUAGUAUUUUUGUUCCGGUUGCAGGCCAAAUGACAUUUUCCAAAUAUAUUAACAUUUUGUGUCGUGGUUUCCACAUCAGCCACACCUAUGUAUGCUAUGUUUUUGCUCCAUAUGUUUUAGGUUCAUUUGAUAAUCAUGGAUCUUAGCACUUCUACUCCACGUGUUUAGGAUCAACUAGUUUGUAUAUUGUAAAUGAAUAACAUUUUGUUUAAAUUAAAUGAAUACUUGAAUAGCAAGAAGUUUAUGGCCAA